AUGCAUCAGCUGGCAGGGAAUACGUUAUACUCAGUAAUGGAGCAGAACAACAACAACGUAGAAGAUUUCUCCUUGAAUGUCUUUUCUGUCACUCCUUAUCAGCCAAACAGAUCCGAUGUCCUAGUGUCAGAUGGGGAUAAAGCCGGUGCUACGUUGCUCUUUUCAGGUGUGUUUUUGGGACUGGUGGGGAUCACUUUCACCGUGAUGGGAUGGAUAAAAUACGACGGCAUUACUCACCUCGAGUGGACUCAGUUACUAGGGCCUAUUCUGCUGUCUGUUGGCGUGACUUUCAUUCUGAUUGCCAUUUGUAAAUUUAACAUGCUUACAUGCAAGCCCUGUAAAGAAAGAGAGGAAAACAUGUCAGACCUCGACCAAACUGGAAGUGGACAGUCCUUUGUCUUCACCGGCAUUAACCAGCCUAUAACUUUUCAUGGUGCCACAGUGGUACAGUAUAUCCCUCCACCGUACCGAGCCCAGGAAGGCAUUGCUGUGAGUUCUGGCUACCUUCACCCAGUGCUCAACUGCUGCAGUGCUGUUUCCUCCAGCACCUCACCGAUUCCCACACCGGGAUCUUCUCACUUCUGCCCUGCCUACCAUCUGGAUAACCCAGCUUUUACUGGAGAUGAGAACUACGCUACUUUUCCUGCAGAGAAUACCAGGAAUCAGAGGUCAGAGGACAGUUCUGAUGAGCCAGAAGAACUGCUGGAAGACUACACCUGUGAUGACUUGUCACCUCCCCGUUAUGAGGAAAUAUACCCACUGUCUUCAUAA